CGAACAGCUGGCGGCUGCACACUGGGCUCCAACCCUCCAGGCCUCUGGGACAGUAAGCCGACCUGUCCCAGAGGCCUGGAGGGUUCCGAGAGGAGCAGCGGACCAGAAAUAAACCAUUCCGCUCUGUAUAAACCAGCAGGAGAAUCGUUAGUAGUAGGUUGGUAGUUCGAACCUUUAUGUAUAGACAGGUGGACGGUUGGUCUUUAUAAUGUGGAUCUGUCGAACCAGCGGAAACGUCGACCUGGUCCAACUGGCAGGUUUGUCUCUCUGAAAACCUGAAAAUGUCAUGUAGAAGUUACGUUUGUUGAGUUUCACCUCUUCUCUUCCUGCACGUCCACUUCCAACAGAACGGCCCUUUUCAUUCGGCGGAGAUCUGGAGCUCUAACCCAACUUUCAGUCAUAAUCCUUUGCUCUUCACAGAAACAUACUGUGUGUGUGUGUGUGUUCCACGGGAUCCUGCAGCUCAUAUCUGAGUCAAACACUGUUCAAAUGAAAAAGAUUCCAGAACGACGAUUUGAAAUGUCUUAGAAAGGACUUCCCUUUUUUAACUGCGCUGUUUACAACGUCGUGUUGUCAUUCAUCAUAAAAAACACAUCGUGACUAUAAAUCGAAAGUGCAGCAGCAGUUUUUCUCUGUUUUCAGUUGUAGCAAUAGGAUGUGGUUACAGCAUGGAAACACCUCGGCCGACUUCCUGAAACUAGAGCCGCCGAGUGGAACAGCAGAUGCCACAGACAUCAGCGAAACAGGUGCGGCCAAACUACAUUCAGUCUCCACGAUCACUGUUUCCUGUCCGGCUACAUCUGUACCAUCUGUCCGCACAGCGGGGAACCCGCCGAUAGAGACGAACAUCCUUUUACAGGUCACUUGAGGCUAUCUUGUCUCCUCCUCGUGGGAUUUCUCUGCCUCCGCUCCUGCUCAGCAUCGACCCGCUCGGGGACCGAGGAGGAGCAGCCUCUGAUAAACGAAUGGACAGAAGCUCAAAGUAUCAGGUCCCAGUCAGACACAAGAGCGUGAGAGGCGACAGGACGAAUCCGCUCCUCUGUUCAAGGUUUGAUUUACGGGUGCGUUCGGUGUUUCCCGAACCUGGAACCGACCUCACGACGAAGUUCACCGGCUUCACCCCCUCUCACGAGCAGACCUGCAGGUGCUCGACUUGACGCUGCACUUCUCUGAAUAAACCUUUAUACGCAACCGAGACGGUGUCAGCGGAGUCUCCUUCGUCCUCUUCCCAUCAUCAUCACCAGCUAAUAAACUACAGCUUUCGCAUGAAUUCACUUUCCAGCUCGUCCUGUUCACGUGUGAAGAAAUAAACGGACUCAUCCGUAAAACAGCAUCAAAAAAGAAUCGCCACUGUCACCGAUGACGCGGCGCUCAGCAGACAAAAAGACUCUCAAAACUGGGAUAUUUGUCAUCAUUUCCACCCAAUCUAUAUCAAUGAUGGUACUGUUGUGAUGGGGUUAAAUCCUUAAUCGUCCUUGGAGCCGGAGAUUUGUCCUGAUUUGAGGGAGAAACGAUGGCGACAGCGAUAGAUCUGCUGGAAACUUUGGAGGAUUUGGGAGAUAAAGAGCUAAAACAUUUCAAGUGGUACCUGCAGCAGGCCGACUUCCUGAAAGACUUCCCGUCCAUCCCGAAAUGCCAGCUGGAGGAUGCGGACAGGCCGGACACAGUGGAUCUGAUGAUGCAGACCUACAGCCAUCAGUGUGUGGAGGUGGCCAGGAAGGUUUUAAAGAGGAUGAGGAGGAAUGACCUGGUGGAGAGUUUGUCAAACACUGGCUCAGGACCUGAAGUGGAGGUUGAUGAUGUCGGAGAGACUUCAGAGAACAAAGCAGCUUCAUCAGUCCAACCAAAGACUUCUCUUCUCUCUGACCUCCCGACUGUCAGCAGGCAGGCGGAUGAUGUGAUGGUGCCAGUAGUACGGCCCCCGCAACCCAACACAUCGCAACAGCUCGCAGUGCAGUCUGACCUCCAGAACAUGUUCAAGUGUGCACAACAACGGGGGAUAGAGAAACAGCAGGAAGAAUUUUUGUGUGCUAUCAACCAGGAACUGUUCGUCACAGAUGGUUGGGACACACACACCAAAACGCAGCAUGGGGUCAGGAAGCUUGAGAUGGAAACAGGAAAACCAGCAGAAUCACAGAGACCGAUUAACCCCGGCGACCUCUUCAAGCACCCGUCCGUAAGAACAGUACUGACCAAUGGGAGCGCAGGAAUUGGCAAAUCAUUCCUUGUACAGAAGUUUUUGUUGGACUGGGCUGAAAAAAGAACCGCUCAAGAUAUGCAUCUCAUAUUCCCCUUCACUGUCCGGCAGCUGAAUUUAUGGAGCGGAGAGAGGUUUCGAUUGGCAGAGCUCAUUCGCACAUGUAUCCCAGAAACUAACUGCAUUAAGGAGGAGACUCUUAAUGACAUCUUUACGGCUUUACAGAACACAAGAAACUACAGCUUUGACGGCAGUGAAUUCAAACUUCUGUUUGUGUUUGACGGACUGGAUGAGAGCCGCUCUCAACUACACUUCAUGGGCACAACAAACAAAUCUCUUGAUGUGACAAAAUCAACGAGAGUAGAAGUGCUACUGGAAAACCUCAUCAGGGGGAAACUGCUUCCCUCUGCUCGCCUCUGGAUAACCACACGGCCUGCAGCAGCCAAUCAGAUCCCCCCCGAGUGUGUCGACGUGGUGACGGAGGUCAGAGGGUUCACUGACCCGCAGAAGGAGGAGUACUUCAGGAAGAGAUUCAGAGAGGAGGAGCAGGCCAGCAGGAUCAUCUCCCACAUCCAGACAUCCCGAAGCCUCCACAUCAUGUGCCACAUCCCAGUCUUCUGCUGGAUCACCGCUACAGUUCUGGAGGAUGUGUUGAAAACCGGAGAGGGAGGAGAGCUGCCCAAGACCCUGACUGAGAUGUACAUCCACUUCCUGCUGGUUCUGUUCAACAAAGCAAAGGAGAAGUAUAACCAAGAAAAGUGCAUACAAUCCAUUCAGUCAUUGGCAAAACUAGCCUUUCAGCAGCUACUGAAAAGCAACACAGUCUUUGACGAGGACGACCUGAGACAGAGUGGCAUUAAUGCCAGAGCAGCGUCAAAGCUGUCAGGAUUGUUCACAGCGAUCUUCAAACAGGUGUGUGGGCAGAGGAAGGAUGAAGACCAGAAAAAGAUGUUCUGCUUUGCUCACUUGAGCAUUCAUGAGUUUCUGGCUGCUGUUCAUGUGAACGUAUCAGUCUUCAGAUACAACAAAAAUGUGAUGCCUGCGCCGAGACUGACACUCCGAAGCCUGCUGAUGUGUUUCAGCAAAACCUCUGCAACAAAUGUCCACAAAAAUGCUUUGAACAAGGCCUUAAAGAGUCCGAAUGGACACCUGAACUUGUUCCUCCGCUUCCUCCUGGGUCUUUCACUGCAGAAUCAUCUACAGGGCCCCCUAACACUGACAGGAGGAUGUUCACAGACCAACCAGAAAACAAUCGAGUACAUCAAAAAGAAGAUCCGGAAGAGUCCCUCUCCAGAGAGAAGCAUCCUUCUGUUCCACUGUCUGAAUGAACUGAGAGAUGGUUCUCUAGUGGAGCAGAUCCAACAGUCCCUGAGAUCAGGAAGUCUCUCCGCAGGUAAACUGUCUCCUGCUCAAUGGUCAGCUCUGGGCUUCAUCUUACUGUCAUCAGAAAAAGAUCUGGACGUGUUUGACCUGCAGAAAUACUCUGCUUCAGAGGAGGCUCUUCUGAGGCUGCUGCCGGUGGUCAGAGUCUCCAAAAAAGCUCUGUUCACUAGCUGCAAACUAGCAUGGAGAAGCUGUGAAGCUCUGUCCUCAGUUCUCAGCUCCCAGUCCUCUGGUCUGAAAGAGCUGGACCUGAGUAACAAUGAUCUGCAGGAUUCAGGAGUGAAGCUGCUGUCUGCUGGACUAAAGAGUCCACACUGUACACUGGAAACUCUCAGGCUGUCAGGCUGCAUGGUCACAGAGGAAGGCUGCGUUUCUCUGGCCUCAGCUCUGAGAUCUAACCCGUCCCAUCUGAGAGAGCUGGACCUGAGCUACAAUCAUCCAGGGGACAGCGGAGUGAAGCUGCUGUCUGCUGGACUGGUGGCUCCGCUCUGGAGACUGGACACUCUCAGGUUGGACUACGGUGGAAAGCAGAGGCUAAAACCCGGUCUGAGGAAGUAUGCCUGCGAAUUGGAGCUGGACGCAAAUACAGUAAACAGCAACCUCAAGUUUACUGACAGGAAGGUGGCAUAUGUCUCGGGGUGUCAGUCCUAUCCGGAUCAUCCAGACAGAUUUGACGAGUGGCCUCAGCUGCUUUGUAGAAAUGAACUGACUGGUCGCUGUUACUGGGAGGUCGAGUGGAAAGGACAAGUCACCGUCGCAGUGAGUUAUAGAGGAAUCAGUAGAAAAGGAAAUGGUUUUCACUGCAGGUUUGGAGAGAACAAUCAGUCCUGGAGUCUGUGGUGCUUUCUCAACAAUUACUUUGUCUGUCACAACAACACUGGAAAAAAAUUGCACUCCCCCCCCUCCGUCUCUAACAGAAUAGCAGUGUAUGUGGACUGUCCUGCCGGCACGCUGUCCUUCUACGGUCUCGCCACUGACUCCCUGAUCCACCUCCACACCUUCAACGCCAACUUCACCGAACCUCUUUAUCCUGGGUUUGGGUGUGGCAUCGCGGGGUUUGAUACUGUCUUUGACUUCAAGUCCUCGGUGUCUCUGUGUAGGCUGUAGAGGGAGUGUCU